GGGAGAGAAAGAAGGAAGGAAAGGAGGGAGGGGAACUGUGCUUCGUCGUCCAAGGAAGAAACGUUUAUGUAUACUGUAUUUUUCAGAUUCAGAAUUUCCACCCAACAAAAUUAUAACAUCUAGAAAGCAAUACAAAUAAGACGCACGUUUAUUUUUCGUAUACAAAAUAGACGGAUGCAUCCUUAUACAGAUAGGUGGUUAUAUGAGCACAGUUGUUUGAACAUAAGCACAUUUUGCCACAUAAGCUACACGACAUCUGCUUAUUUUUGUACGAGUACAAUUCGACGGAAAUUGACGUAUUGAGCGGGCUUCUUAAGUAUCUGUAAGUACAAACGUUACAGCCGUAUAGUCAGCACUUACAUUGGUAGUAAUUUGUUGUCGAGUUAAUUUUUUUCCGUUUUGAUUUUAGAUUAUCCUUGUAGAUUUUUAAUGUAUUAUAUGAGCGUUAAUAUUCGAGCAAUAUGCUUCCUGGCUGAAGCACAAUUGUAGCUAGUAUGCACACAGACUUAAGGCCAGUUGUAAUGCUGAUAUGUUUUUUUACAAGGUAGAUACAUUUUACCGCAGGUCUGUUGUUUGUUUGCUUAAUUUGCAGUAAUAGUAUGAGUGGUAGCCUACCUUGUAGGCUAGUCUUUGGCUUUCGUGUAGGCUGCUGAUCUAGCCAGCAGGUGCUAGUACAUAUUUUCCUUUAAACAUAUUCAUAUUCGAUUAGAUUUUGGUCAUUUUUAACAAUUUAUUGCAAUUCAGGGAAUGUGUAGUGUUGUGUACAGGGAAAUAUAUUACCAAGGUGUGCAGUUUACGCUUGGAUCGUCUAGGAUAUUUAGCCAUAUAUUUUUCUUAAACUCACACACGCGCGCAAACACACAAUUACGCUUGGUCGCGUGGAUAUAACUGGCAUUUAUUUGUAAGUGACCAUUUAUUCCCGGCUCAACACGAACAAGCAACUGAGCGGCGAUAUAGUGGAAUGGCACUAUUAUUGUUUAUUUUAACUCUCGCCAUUGUACCAUCUCUCACUGUGGCAAUACAUAAUUCAACGACUGGAGGCUGUGCUAUAAUUCGUCCUCCACGAGAUGGAGGGAUACGAUACAGAGGGCUGACCCAGGAGCAGAUACGCAGUGUGCAGAUACUGCCAGUGGACUAUGAGAUAGAGUACAUCUGCCGGGGGAACAGAGUUAUCGUGGGACCUAAGGUCCGGAAGUGCCUUCCCAAUGGCACCUGGACUGACAUGACCCUGCGGAGCAGAUGCUUGCUGCUAUGCCCACGUGUGUGGACGUCCCUGGAGAACGGGCAGGUGGCAGCGUGGCCCCCUGGGCCUCCGGUGGAGGGCACUAUGCUGCAGUACAGCUGCCUGACCGGCUUCAUUCUGGUGGGCCGAAACUCCACUCUGUGUACCAAGCUGGGGAAGUGGGACUCACCCAAACCAGUCUGCCACUAUGACCGACAUUACUCAGGGAAGAAGAAACUAUACAUCGGCGCUUUAUUCCCGAUGAGCGGCGGCUGGCCAGGUGGACAGGCGUGCCUCCCGUCUGCCCAAAUGGCGCUGGAGUUGGUGAAUAAAAGAACUGAUAUUUUACCGGAUUACGAGCUGGAGCUGAUACACUAUGACAGUAUGUGCGAUCCAGGGGAGGCCACCAAGCUGCUGUAUGACCUGCUCUACACAGAGCCCAUUAAGAUCGUCCUGAUGCCCGGCUGUAGCUCAGUCUCCACGCUGGUGGCAGAGGCGGCGCGGAUGUGGAAUCUCAUUGUGCUGUCCUAUGGCUCCAGCUCUCCAGCACUGUCCAAUCGACAGCGCUUUCCCACCUUCUUCCGCACGCACCCCUCGGCCACCCUGCACAACCCCACCCGUGUGCAGCUCUUCCAGAAGUGGAAAUGGACCAAGAUUGCCACCAUCCAACAAACGACUGAGGUUUUCACUUCGACUCUGGAUGAUUUGGAGCAGAGAGUGAAGGAGGCUGGAAUAGAGAUCAGCGUGAGACAGAGCUUCCUCACUGACCCUGCCGUGGCUGUCAAAAACCUCAAGCGUCAAGAUGCCAGAAUUAUUGUGGGCCUCUUCUAUGAGACUGAAGCCAGGAAAGUCUUCUGUGAGGUUUUUAAAGAGAAGCUCUAUGGAAAGAAGUAUGUGUGGUUUCUGAUUGGCUGGUAUGCAGACAACUGGUUCAAGAUUAAAGAUCCGGCCAUCAACUGCACUGUGGAGAACAUGACAGAGGCUGUAGAGGGGCAUGUCACCACGGAGAUUGUCAUGCUCAACCCCGAGACUGUCCGUGGGGCGUCAAACCUGACUUCUCAAGAGUUCCUGGCUCAGCUGAUGUCUCGGUUGGGAGGGAAGAACCCAGAGGAGACUGGGGGCUUCCAGGAGGCGCCCCUGGCAUACGAUGCUGUGUGGGCCCUGGCCUUGGCCCUCAAUAAGACUGUAGGCCCGCUAAAAGUCAAGGGACGGAGACUGGAGGAUUUCAAUUACAACAACCGUGACAUUACUGCUGAGAUAUACAGGGCGCUGAACACCAGUUCCUUUGAGGGAGUGUCUGGUCAUGUGGUAUUUGACGCCCAGGGUUCGAGAAUGGCUUGGACUCUGAUUGAGCAACUGCAAGGAGGCAGCUAUAAGAAGAUUGGGUACUAUGACAGCACUAAAGGAAAUCUGUCCUGGUAUGGAAAUGACAAGUGGAUAGGUCCCGGCCCCCCAGCAGACCAGACUGUUGUAAUAGAGGAGUUCAGGUUCCUGUCUCAGAAGCUCUUUAUCUCUGUAUCGGUGUUUGCUGGGCUAGGAAUCCUGCUGGGGAUCGUGUGUCUCACCUUCAACAUCUACAACAGCAAUGUGAGGUACAUUCAAAACUCACAACCUUACCUGAACAAUAUGACAGCGGUGGGCUGUAUGAUGGCAUUGGCUGCUGUGUUUCCCCUUGGGAUUGAUGGACACCAUGUUCAUAGGGCGCAGUUUCCUGUGGUUUGCCAGUUUCGCCUGUGGCUCUUGGGUUUGGGCUUCAGUCUUGCUUAUGGAAGCAUGUUCACUAAAAUUUGGUGGGUUCACACCGUCUUCACCAAAAAGGAUGAGAAGAAAGAGAAGAGAAAGCAGCACCUGGAGCCCUGGAAACUCUAUGCCACUGUGGGGGUGUUAUUGGCCAUCGACAUCCUGUCUCUAAUGAUCUGGCAAAUCGUGGACCCUUUACACAUCACAGUUGAGAAGUUCACUAAAGAGGCACCGAAAGGGGACUUGGAUGUUCUGAUUCAGCCACUCCUGGAGCACUGCAGUUCUGAGAAGAUGAACACAUGGCUUGGGGUGGUGUAUGGAUACAAAGGCUUAUUGUUGCUGCUUGGGAUAUUCCUGGCUUAUGAAACCAAGUCGGUCUCGACAGAGAAGAUUAAUGACCACAGAGCGGUGGGAAUGGCCAUCUACAAUGUGGCUGUGCUGUGUAUGAUCACGGCUCCAGUCACCAUGAUCCUCUCUUCUCAGCAGGAUGCCUCCUUCGCUUUUGCCUCUCUGGCCAUCGUUUUCUCUGUCUACAUCACCCUGGUUGUGCUCUUCAUUCCCAAGAUGCGGAGAUUAAUCACUCGAGGGGAGUGGCAGUCAGAACAGCAGGACACCAUGAAGACUGGCUCCUCCACAAACAAUAACGAUGAGGAAAAAUCACGCCAACUGGAGAGGGAGAACCGAGAACUGCAGAAGAUCAUACAGGAGAAGGAAGAGAGGGUGUCUGAACUGCGCAGCCAGCUGGCUGAAAGACAGGCCCUGCGAUCCCGCAGGCGACCCUCCACACAGAACCAGAACCACAGCACCCCCCCGCCCCCGUCGUCGCAGAACGACCCCAAGUCCCUCCUCCCUCCGCCUGGAUAUCCCAUCCCUUCAUCAGAGAACCACGCCCUCCCCCCGUCUUUCUCCAACUCCUCAAACCUUUACCAGGCCGACAGCAAGAUCGGCCGCAACCACUGCCACACCAGCCGGCUGCAGCUGCUCUACAAGUGAGCGAGAGAGGAGGGAGGCCGGCGGAGACAGACGGAGGACAGUGUCAUUACGAGAGGGGGCCGGUGAGAGGGAAUGGCUGUGUUCUGUGUGGCGUAGAAGUAUUUAUCAGUGAGAGAAAGAGAACAGUGUAAGGUGCGCAAAAGGAAUUUGUCAAGAACACAUUUUAAUUGAGGCUAUUUCUCUUUUUCUCUGUCGCUUAAUGAAAUACGGUAACACUUCAGGCAGUUACUGAAAAUUAAUUGAAUUACAUCUGAUAUGUUUUCGAUUAGUGCUUGAAGGUUGUUGUAAGCUCUCAAAAAAGAUGAAUGAGCGUUAAAAUGGACCCUGAGAUAGUGCUUGAUAGAAUGCGCCAGCCCUUUACCAGGGCUUGCAGAGGUUUUCUCCUUUGCCCCUGCUUGGUUUGUUUGUACUCCAACACUGUCCUUGUGUUUAGUAAAAUUAUUGACGUUUUUUACAGAGGAUGUCAAAUUAGUCACAAGCUGCAAUUAGAUUUUAUGUUAACAUUGUUUUCUUUAAAGAGCAAGGUAUUCACUUAUUUUGUUUCAUUUCUAUUUGUAUCAAAUUAAUUAACCUGUUCCACAUUGUUAAUUUUACAUAUACACUACUGACCAGUGGUGUGGCAUGAAACAGAUCCCAGGUCAGCUGCUACUUCACUUGUGCAGCGCACAUAUUAUAAUGACCACACUUCUGGCCCAUGAUUUGGAAACAAGCAGCUACCGUGUCAUUGACCUCUGGGCUGGAGCAACCCAGUGAAAACAAAAUGAUCACCAUCCACUGUAUUUCAUAUUCACUGCAUUGUUCUAAGGAUGGGAUGACACCACAGAAAAUUUCUCAGAAAGUCAAAAAUAAAUCAGCAAGCACAGAUUUAUCUCCCUCUGAUCUGUGUUGUUGUUUAUGUCAAAAAUCAAGUUAACUGCAACUGUAAUCAGCACUUAAGUAUGUGUUGGGGAGUUUUCCUCACCUAACGAAAACUAUUUUGGUGUUUGAUGUUGCUACAUUAAAGUAUUUUUUUCCUUUUAGAAUGAGGUGAAGGUCUCUUAAGUUUGAACCUGAAGAGCCAAACAUUGCAAAUUGAGUUGGGGUUAAGCUUCUUAAUGGGAUCACAGCCACACUUUAUUUCAUGAGGAAAAUUGUUCUUAUGGGCUAAACACAUAUACAUUGCAUAUCUACAACCUGCUCUAACUCUGCUCAGCUGAGCAUCACACUACAUUUAGGCUUGAAAAAUUUGUAGGAUCUACUCCUGACAUUGCUGAACCUGUUGGUAAAAAUAGUUGGUAUUAGUGACCAAAGUAAUAAAAAAAGCAAAGAAAUCAUGUUCUUGGUGUGCCACUAAACGGAUAAAGGCCUUUAGUUGCAAUGAAUACUGCUUCCAAAAAGCUUUUCACUUCAGGCAGUUGGCAUCAUCAGUUGGAAAAAGAGAUAAGAAAAUAUCUAAUUUCUGGAUGAAUGUACUGUAUAGAAAUGUAUUUCACAACGUGAGAACAACAUGCAACAUAUCUGGAAUGGGAUUCUGUCCUGAGUAUUUACACUGGCACUUUGUGCAUACAAAAAAAAGUUAUAUUAACCCAAUUCCUUCCCAGUUGGUCAAUUUGCAUUACAAAUUACAAAUUGUCUUUUGAUCCCUGCCUCGUUGUCUACAUAUGUUUUUCCAGAAUUUAGUUUCAAAUCUGUAAGCAUUGAGGCUAUUUAACAUUACCAAACCUUUUUUGCGCUUUAUGUGCCUAUUUUUCAGUUUAAUCAAUUAUUCAUCUUUGCUUUUAAGAAACAUAGACCUUAUAUAAAUGUACACAGGUAUAGUAUGAAGGCAUCUUUUACCCUUUCAGUAAAGUUUAUCUGUAAAUCUCCAUUCGCUUUUCUACAGUGUUCUUAAUCAUCUUUCUUCUCUGAACAUGUUUUGUUACGAAAUAUUUUUAUUGAUCGAAACCACAUCUGUUAAUUGUCGUACCUUCCAAUGUAUGUCUAAGAGAGAAAUACUCGCAGGAAGAUACAUACACACACACACACACACACACACACACACACAGUCAAACAGUCACACAGUGUGUCAUUAUUAUUAUAAAUGUAUUAACUUGGACAUAUACAGAUGUAUUCCUCUGUGGUUUCAGAAAUAAAUUUAUAUUUACAUUGUUGUUCAAUAUAAGAUUAUGUGGUAUGCAAAGGGAAUGGUUGUUACAAUAAACUCAUUGUUUUUCACUGAAUGUA